AUGGGUCUCGCCGAUUAUUUCUCCGACAUCAUCUCCUCCCUGAGCUUCCCUGAGGCUCAGGCUGAGGCUCCCGCCGAGACCGUCGAGGAGACCCCCAGCCAGGAGGCCCAGCCCGAAGAGAAGUCCGCCGCCAGCGAGGAAUCGACCGGCGACGAGAGCUCCGAGAAGACCGAGGAGUCGGCCGAGGAGACCCCCGCCGAAGAGACCUCCGAGGAGGAGCCCGAGAAGGAGGAAGAGGAAGAGGCCGAAGAGGAAGAAGAGGAAGAGGAAGAGGAGGAGGAAGAGGAGCCCGAGGACAUCAAGCCCAAGCUCGAGGAGGAAUGUGCCAACUCCUCCCAGUGUGCCCCCUACAAGCACCACUUCGACGAGUGUGUUGAGCGUGUUACCCAGCAGCAAGAAGAUGAGGACUACAAGGGCCCCAAGGAGGACUGCGUCGAGGAGUUCUUCCACCUCGCCCACUGUGCCACCGAGUGCGCCGCCCCCAAGCUCUGGAAGUCCCUCAACUAA